GGGAACGCCCUGGAGAAAUUACAUUUUAUUAAUUCAGGACACAAAUCUAUCUGUUUUUAUAAACUCAAUGACUUCCAUUUGCCCUCUGUUUUUGUUCGGCUUGAUAUGGGUGUGAACCAAUCAAAAUGCAAUCACAAAGUGCGGAAAGUGAUGCCUCUUGAAGGAGAAGAUGUCUUGGUUUCAUCAGUCAUUAUCCAUGGACACAAAGGAAUGAGCAAUUUGUCUUCAUUUGGCCGAAUGAAGCAAACCAGCCCAACAUGGGACGGUCACCUUCCACCGCUGAGAGAGACUCUGUAUGGAAGAGGCUCAACAGAUCCUCGGCCCAUUUGUUUCGACAUCCCGCUAGAAGACGGAGACAAAACUAGUAUUAUUAAACGACAUCCACCCAGAAGACUGCAAAAACUUGAUCCUAUUCAGUUGCCAACACUAACUGCACAAGGGAUUAUCAGCAAGCAUGAAGCUGCCACAGCAGGAAAAGGAAUGGAAAUGGAUAAAACAAUUCAGACGACAAAGCCUUAUUCAGUAAAUAGGCAACAUGACCACAAAACGCAAAUGCAAGAAAUAAAUCGGAAACGUGAAGCGAUGAAUCGUUUACAGUCGCAGGCAGAAAUAAAGAGGCUUGCUCAACGGGAGGCAAUGAUUAAUAAAAGCAAAGCAAGGGAACUCAAGGCCAAAAAAGUGCGAGAAAAUGCCCAGAAGCGUAAUGAGGAUUUCAAUGAGGUGGAAAAUGAUAAAACAUAUAACAUGGAUCAUGGAGACACUUGGAAUUGGAAUGUUUCAAACUCUCACAUCUCAAAUCAUCUGCAAGGGAAUGGCAAACUGGAAAUGUGGUUUAAGGAGACUCCAAACAGCAGAGAUUCAUUUUGUGACAGCUCUAGCAGUGACUCAUUAGACAAGUGGAUUCAAGAAGAAGGGAAGGGCCAUCGCAGACCGCCCUUAAUUAGGACAAAGACUGAGAAAAUCCCAACGUUUGAUGAAUUCUUUGACCGUGAUUUUUAAUUCAUAAAUCUAAAAACAUUAAUGAUAAAUUAUAUAAUUUUUUUACCUACAAAAUUGUACUGAUAUAAAUUAAUUAUAAAAAUUAAAUAAUAAACUAUUAAUAGAUUAUA